ACAGCCUCACACAGCUCCUCGUCAGCCAUGUUGUUGGUGUGACACACGGAGCUGUCAGCCAGCAACAGGUCCUCUCACUAGCACCGCAGCUAGCUCAACUUUUAUCGCAGCACCUGCUCUCCCUGGACAGAACCGAGCCUCCGCAGCGAGUCCCGCAGAACUUUCUGAUGCUGUAAUCGCUUAUUCACUCCUCGACAGCUCGGACCUUGGUGUUUUCUGGCGGCGACCAAGAUGGCCGUGAGCUGCAGCUGAGGACGCCACCAGGAGUUUCCCCCCCGUCUCUGUCGCUUCCACCUGCAAAUAUGAAUGGUGGUCCAAGAGUGUGGGCGAUCAGCCCUGAGGAGAGGGACAAACAUGACCAGAAGUUCGACACCCUCUCUCCAGCGAUGGGCUAUGUCUCAGGCGAACAGGCAAAGAAGUUUUUCCUCCAGUCAGGGCUGCCUGCUUCAGUUUUGGCCGAGAUAUGGGCUCUGGCCGAUAUGAAUAAAGAUGGGAAGAUGGACAGGUUGGAGUUUUCCAUCGCUAUGAAGCUCAUCAAGCUGAAGCUCCAGGGUACGGCACUGCCCUCAGCUCUGCCAAUCAUCAUGAAGCAGCCUCCUGUGUCUGCUCCCAACCUCAGUAGCCUCACCUCAACCAUGACCAGUCCAGCCUAUGGCAUGGGUGUUCUGCCCACAAUGCCCGGAGCAAACCUUGGCAUGUUGACCCCCAUUUCCAUGGCAACCCCUGGGCUCUCAUCUUUGACACCAAUGGCAGGCAUCAGCCCUUUGGUUCCUACAGCAACAGGCCUGAGUCCUCUGAUCGCGUCUACCCCCACACGGCCCCUGAUGACUCCCAUGGGAAAUGCCACAAUGCCAAAUGCUGCCAUGGGGAUCCUCCAUCCAGUCCCAGCUGUAGCUCUGGCCACUGGUCUGCCUCUGUCUGCGUCUACUUACCCCUCUCCUCUAGGACUUUCUGCUUCUCCUGCUGGUAUAAACAAGGCAUCACCUCUGCUGGACCUGGGAUCUAACAGCUCUGCUUUGUCGACCCCCUCUGUGAUGUCACCCAUAGCUUCUGCUCCCAGUGACUGGGCUGUGCCACAUGCCUCCAGACUAAAAUACAGACAGCAGUUCAACAUCUUGGAUAAAGACAUGACUGGAUACCUUAGUGGUCAGCAGGUGAGAGGUGCUAUGGCAACCACAAUGCUGACUCAGACACAGCUGGCUUCCAUCUGGACGCUGGCUGAUGUAGAUAAGGACGGGAAGCUCAAAGCCGAGGAGUUUAUUUUGGCAAUGCAUCUGGUGGACAUGGCAAAGUCUGGGCAACCGCUUCCGUUGACGCUGCCAACGGAGUUUGUGCCUCCCUCACAAAGAAGUGCAGUGAACGGAUCCAGCUCUUCCUACUAUGAUGCUAUGACUGACGACUUGGAACCACCACAGAAAACCAAGACCAACUUUACGUUUGAGGACAAGUUCAAAGCUAACAUGGAGCGAGGGAAUGCAGAGCUGGAGAAAAGGCGGCUGGCUCUGCAGGAGGCAGAGAGGAGGGAGCAGGAGCGGCGUGCUCAGAAGGAGAGGGAAGAACGAGAGAGGAUAGAGAAGGAGGCCCGGGAGGCUGAGGAGAGGAGGCGAAAAGAGGAGGAGAGGAGGCUGGAGCGACAGCGGGAGCUGGAAAGGCAGAAACAAGAGGAGCGGCAGAGAGAGAUAGAGAGAAAAGAGGCUGCGCAGCGUGAGCUUGAGCGUCAGAGAAAGGAGGAGUUAGAGAGGAGGAAACGAGGAGAGCUCCAGAUAAAGAAGAACCAGGAUCAGGAUGACAUCAUCAAACUGAAAGCAAAGAAGAAGAGUCUGGAGAUGGAGCUGGAGGCUGUGGGAAACAAGCAUCGGCAGAUCUCGGGCCGACUACGUGACAUUCAGAACAAGAAGAAGCUUCAGAAGGCAGAGCUGGAUGUCAUCAGUCAGGGGAAGGCGACCCGCCAGAAAGACAUUAGUGACCUGGACAGACAACUAGAGGAGUUCCAGAGGAAGUUGUCCCAGCUGACUCCGGAGCAGAGGAGACUGACGGAGAAACUCAAAAACAUAUCUCUGAAUAACUUGCCUGUGACGACCGUGUCCACCCUUAAAACGGGCGUGAUGGAGAAAAAACAGACGUGCACAAAACUGCACGAGCAGCUGGAAGCGCUGGAGAAAGAGACAGCUGCUAAACUGGCUGAAAUGGACCGUUACAACAAAGACAUGCUGGAGCUUAAAGACAGCCAGAGAAAGCAGCAGGCAGCAUUAGAGAAUCUCCAGAGCAUCAAAGAGGACAAAAGGCGUGAACUUAUUAGAAGGAAGGAAGAAGAGGAGCAGAGAAGAAAGAGGGAAGAAGACAUGAAGCGACUGGAGGCAGAAAGGAGGCGCCGGGAGGAGGAGGAAGCUAGGCGCAUAAAGGUGGAGAAGGAGCGCCAGUGGCAAGAGAAGCUGAAGAGGGAUGAGGAGGAGCGUCAGAAGAAACUACAGGAGGAAAGAGAGGCUAAACAGCGGGAGGAGGAGGAGAGAGAGAAACAGGCUCUCAUUCAAGCUGCCAAGGAGCAGGCCGAGCGAGAGUUCAGAGCAAAGGAGGAGGCAGAACGAAAGAGACGAGAGGAGGUGGAGAGGAAGAAAAAAGAGGAAGAGGAGCGUCAGAGGGAAGCAGAGAGGCGGAGGCAGGAAGAGGAGAGGAAAAGGCUUGAGGAGGAAAGAAGGCAGCUAGAGGAAGAGAAAAGGAAAUUAGAGGAAGAUAGGAAGAAAGAGGAAAGGAGACGAAAGGAAGAGGAGGAAAGACGCAGGAGGGAGGAGGAGAAGAGAGAGGAGGAGCGAAGACGAGAGAGGGACGAGGAGGAGAAGAGGCGACAGAGAGCAGCAGAAGCUGCCAUCCGAGAUGUGGAGGAGAGAAGAAAGCGAGGAGAGGAGGAGGAGAGGAGAAAACUGGAUGAAGAGCGGCGAAGACUCCAACAGCAGCUGGAGGAGGAGAGGAGGAAGGUCGAGGAGGAGAGGAAGAGGGCAGAGGAGGAGAGGAAGAGAAGGGAGGAGGAAGAGGCGGAGAGGAGAAAAUUAGAAGAGGAGAGAAAGAGGAAAGAGCAGGCACCACGCCAGCAGCUGCUAGUUGGACAAACGAAGGUAGCAGCUCUGCUGAGAGGACUGGAGGAGAGGAAGGGCAAAAAACCCGGCAUCACACAGCACAGAAAGUCAGCAGCUCUCACCUCUUUCAAGGCCCUUUACCCAUUUUCUGCACGAAACAACGAAGAACUCAGCUUCGGUGCAGACGACAUCAUCGAGGUUGAUGAGACAACAGAGAGGGAGGAAGGUUGGCUGUAUGGCAGCAGACAGGGGAAGAUGGGCUGGUUCCCAGAGAGCUACGUGGAGAAGGUUUCUCCAUCAGUCACAGCCAAUGCCAGUACUGCUGUUGCUGCCUCUCCAGUAGCUAAGUUGGCCAUCCAGUCACAGCUCACUAAUGCCCUGGAGGCUGCCAAGGUAUCAGGGACAAAGUCUGCCUUCACACCGACCCAUUCUCCAAACUCUGCACCCUCAGAGACACAAGGACAGCAGGUAGUGGGUAACGUCCUAGCCCAGGCCUUGUGCUCGUGGACAGCAAAGACAGACAACCAUCUAAACUUCAACAAGGACGACGUCAUCAAGGUGCUGGAGCAGCAGGAGAACUGGUGGCUGGGGGAGCUGAACGGUGAACAGGGCUGGUUCCCCAAGACGUAUGUGGCGCUGCUAGGAGAGGAGGGCUCAGACACUACAGAAGCCAGUGACACCUCAAAUCACGAAGAACAUGUGGCGCUUUACACCUACGAGUCUCCAGAACCCGGUGAUCUGACGUUUAGAGUGGGAGAUGUGAUCCUGGUGAGCAAGAAAGAGGGAGAGUGGUGGUACGGUUCCAUAGGCGACCGCACAGGCGCCUUCCCCGGCAACUACGUCAAACCUAAGGAGAGCGAUACAUCAAGCACAUCUGGAAAGAAGAAGCCAGAGAUCGCCAAGGUCAUUAGGCCCAACUCCUCUACGAGCCCUGAGCAGCUGAGUCUGGAAAACGGCCAGCUCAUCCUGGUCCUUGGCAAGAAUGUGUCUGGCUGGUGGCUUGGAGAACUGCAGGCCCGAGGUAAAAAGCGACAAAAAGGCUGGUUCCCUGCAUCCCAUGUCACCAUAUUGGGAUCCAACAGUGGCAAGUCCACACCAGCACCACAACCAGUCUGUCAGGUCAUCGCUAUAUACGAUUACACGGCUGCCAACGAGGACGAGAUGAGCUUCUCCAAAGAUCAGGUCAUCAGCGUUCUGGACAACAACAACCCCGACUGGUGGAAAGGAGAAUUCAACGGCAACACUGGACUGUUCCCCACCAACUACGUGAAGCCGCUCUCAGGGGACUCUGACCCCAGCCAGCAGUACCCAAACAGCCAGGACUCAUCAAGCCCCCAGGAGAAGAAGAGACAGGGAUACGUCGAUGAGCUACUGCAGUCUGAGGAGAGAUAUGUGGAAGACUUGAAGAUCGUGCUGGAGGUCUUUUAUAAGCCGAUGUCAGAGUCUGGUCGACUCACUGAUUCAGAGAUGCUGAAGAUCUUUGUGAACUGGAGAGAGCUGCUGGAUUGCAACACUAAACUUCUCAAGGCACUGCAGCAUCGUAAGAAGACAGGUGGGGACACCAUGCCGAAGAUUGGCGACAUCCUGGCGGUGGAGCUGUCCCAAAUGUCGCCCUACAUCCACUUCUGCUCCUACCAGAUCCACGGAGCCACUCUGCUCCAGCAACGCAUUGACAGUGAGCCCGACUUUAAGAAUUUUCUUAAGAAAAUUGCCACAGAUUACAGGUGCAAGGGCAUGCCGCUGUCCAGCUUCCUGCUCAAACCCAUGCAGAGGAUCACUCGGUACCCGCUGCACAUCAAAAACAUCCUGGAGUGCACUGCAGAGGGCCACGCAGACCGAGGCUCUUUAAAGGAGGCUCUGGAUAGAGCGGAGGAACUCUGUCAGCAGGUGAAUGAAGGCGUGAGGGAGAAGGAGAACUCUGACCGUCUGGAGUGGAUCCAGAACCGUGUGCAGUGCGAGGGUCUCACUGAGAACAUAGUCUUUAACUCUCUGACCAACUGUCUGGGUCCAAGGAAGCUGCUCCACUACGGUAAGAUGUACAAGGUGAAGAGCAACAAGGAACUCUGGGCCUUUCUCUUCAACGACCUCCUGCUUCUGACGUACUCGACCAAACCGUUCAGCUCAACUGGACCCGACAAGCUGUUCAGCAGCAAGAACAACAUACAGCUCAAGAUGUACAAGCCGCCUGUGCUGUUAAACGAGGUCCUGGUGAAGCUGCCCGAUCCGUCCAGUGACGAGCCCGUCUUCCACAUCUCGCAUAUUGACAGAGUUUACGUGCUGAGGACCGACAACAUCAACGAACGCACGGCGUGGGUUCAGAAGAUUAAAGCUGCAUCUGAAGACUUUAUCGAGACAGAAAAGAGAAAACGGGAGAGGACCUAUCAAGCUCGGUCCAUAAAGGCCACCGGCAUCGGUCGGCUGCUUGUCACCAUCCUGGAGGCCACUGAGCUCAAAGCCGCUAAACCCAACGGCAAAAGUAACCCUUACUGCGAAGUGACCAUGGGAAAUCAGGUCUUCAUGUCCAGGACACUCAACGACACUCUGAACCCCAAGUGGAACUUCAACUGUCAGUUCUACGUCAAAGAUCUCUACCAGGACGUCCUCUGCAUCACUGUGUCUGAGAACAACCUCUAUUCACCUGAUGACUUCCUCGGACGGACAGAGGUUCCUGUGGCAACUAUAAAGAAGGAAUUGGAGAACAAGGGAGCAGUGACGCGGCGUCUUCUGCUGCACGAGGUUCCUACAGGGGAAGUGUGGGUUCGCCUCGACCUGCAGCUCUUUGCCGCCAAAUAGCCCCCUGGGACACACUGUAAAGAAAAACUACGUCUUCCACCGAGACAACCAAAUAAGAAACACGGCUCUUUGUCACAAACAAACUGGGACGCUUCCGCAGCAUACGCCCAAAACGGACGCCACUGGACCAUGUUGCACACAUUCUGCCUUAAUAUUUAACAUGAAGCAGCUCUAAUAAUACCUCCUCUGAUGUCAUCUGAACGCUCCAAUGAGGGCUUAGAUCACUCGUGAUGGCAUAAGACGGCAAGGGAAGCUUGGUCAGGGAGCAGAUUGCACGAUACUCAGACUCUGAAGGAGUUAAAAAUAGACACUGCAACCCGGCGGCAUCAACCUUAGAGAGGGAUAAAUAAUGUUACAUCUGACCCAAAGGAAGACAGAACCUGAGAAGGCCUGUUUAUUUUAAAGCUAUUAAUAGAGCAGUAAGUCCAUACUAAUGAAGACUAACGGUUCUCUGCUCUGUAGCUCAGUUAACACUGUACCAGCCUGGUUGACCAGGCUGCUUAGUUUGUGUAGCACUAUUGUUUCCUUUGAUCUUCCAAGAUAUGUUAAGGAUUUUAUUUUUGAGGAGUUUGUGACUGAUUGCUUUAAGCGACUCUGCGUCGUCACCUCUGAUCCUGAGCUGUCCAGUCUGGUUGUCAUCAUUCCACAGUGACAGAGCGUCUUAAACAGUAGGUGGGAGAUGAUGGACGGCUGUGUGAGGCCGAUCAGACCCAGUGGACCAGAUGACUUUGAUCUGGACUCGGUUUCCUGCUGAGCUUUGGAGGUUUCUCUGUAUUUUUUUUUAUUUUUCACAAAGUGCAUCUUCAGCUGCUGAGAUGCUGCCUUGUCCAUUAGCUUGUAGAGAUUGUAUGACUUCUGCAGAAUGAUUGAAUCCCCUUUACUUCCAACAGCUCAUCCUGCGGGAGGGGAGAUUUUCUGUGUCUCUAUGUUCAGGUGACUCCAGAGGGUUGUUGCCAAUGAUCAACAGUAUUUGCUCUCUCCUUCUGCCCGGACAGGUUUUACUACCUUUCGUCUGCAGCAUUUGCCUUGUUUCUACUCUUCAGGUCUCUGCAUCUGUUUUUUUUCUGCUGAAGUCCUGGCUAUUAAUGAGAAAGUGUUGUAUUUAUUAUUUUAAUUUAUGCGCGUGUGACUAUCCAAACUUUAGAAGCGGUUUCAUUUGCUGUGUCAUCUCUGAUUAUCAGAUGGCAGCCGCCCGUUUGUUUUGACGUCAUUUAUUAAAAUGUGUUGAUACGUUUUUGAAAGGCAACAUUCAGUAGAGGAGUCUGUGUUUUUAGGUAUUGUAUUCAUUUUAACGUUAAUGGUUGUUUUCCUCUGCCGAGGUGUUGGUUUGUCUUUUUGUUUUGCUUUUUAUUUUCUGUAGCCUUCUGCAUUAACUGCUGUUGUGUUUGUGGCCUCAGCCUGGAGUCUGUAACCUGCUGUAUACUCACCUUCGUCUAAAUCAGGGUUUCAUAAGUCAAAUUAAAGGUAUUAAAAUUGA